AAAAAUCGUGUGUCAAAAAGAAAAUAUCAUUGUUUUGAUUCAAUAGUAAAAGGAGAGAAGAGUUCGGAAAUUUUGUUUUUCUGCAAUUAAAAGAGCCAACGACCAAUUGAAAAUCGUGUGAAUUAUCAACGAAUAAAGGAUGUCGGUGACCGAGAUGAUUGGAUGGGAUUUGCUGUAUAAGCUCAUCGCACAAGAUUUAAAGACCGAAACGGACAUAAUAGUUGCAGUAACUCAUUGGUAUUUGAUAAAACAGGCUGGUUUUCGGUGUUUAGGAACAGGCGAUGAGAAAACAUUACGUGACAACGAAGAGGAUAACAGUACCGAAACCUUACCGGACAACUGGAAUGAAAAUAGCACUGCGUACUCCAUAAGAUAUGUGCACGAUCACAAAGUCUACAUUUUAUUGGGAACGGUUGCAAACGACACAAUCAUUCUAAAUUUGUUGAACGGUGAACCACUUAAAGUCACAAACACAGCACUUCAUAUCAAAGAUACUGUGAAAGCGAUGCAUGGAAAUUUAUUAACACUAGUUCCAGACGUUAGAAAUGUUUUAGGCCGUUUAAAACGUGAACUACUUGAGCCGGUUAUAGCGUUUGACAACAAUACAAAAACGUCAGAAACACAAACAAUAACCCCAGAACCACCGCGUUGCUCAAGAGGAAUUCCCGAUCCCGACAUUUUGCCAAACACAACACCAGACGUGCUACGAGUUCAACCAAGAAUUCUCGAUCCUUUGAGAGACAUUGGACGCGGCGACUUAGAUCCAUUGAAUCGUGGCGGUGGUGGCAUGUUAUUCAAUCCACCAUUUAACAAUCCAAAUAUAAUGCAACCACAAGGCCCAGAUCGAAAUCGUUUUCCAGGUAUUGUACCGGGUGCUCGAUUCGAUCCAUUUGGACCAAUGGAUCCAUUCAAUAACACACGACGACCAGGACCAAAUCCGGAUCAUUUACCGCCUCCCGGCUUUGAAGAUAUGUUCAUGUAAAUUCAGUUUAUUUGUGGAACAACAAGGACAUCAUCAGCCGUAAAAUUCUCCACAUUUAUAAAUUAAUGCAACGCCGAAUGUUAUUUUCUCGCCUCUUUUCGAAAAGAUGAUAUAAAAAAAAAACACACACACAGAAUUCUUUUAAACAAA